AUGAGUACAGUUAAGGAGAAGCUGAAUCAUACCGUCAAGGAUGUAAACCAUUGGAGAUGGAGAAGAGGUUAUGAAGCUAAGUUCUCGACCCAAGAAACCUGGCUGCUUCUCCGAGAACCUUCUGCACAUUGCUCCUGGGCAAAAGGAGUUUGGUUUGCUAAAGGGACGCCAAAAUUUGGGUUUAUCACUUGGCUAGUGGUGUUGAAUAAAUUGGCUACUAUGGAUAGGGUAUCCUCUUUGAAUCCUAGUGUUGAUGCGACUUGUGUUCUCUGCAAAGCUGCAGUGGAGUCUAGAGAUCAUUUAUUUUUUGAGUGUUCUUACUCUGCUCAGCUCUGGAAACACUUAACCCUUGGGAUUCUUCGGGGUACUUACUCUUCCUCCUGGUCUGCUAUGGUUUCGCUGAUUUCAGGAAGUAUCAAGGGGAAGAUAAGAGCAUUUUGUAUCAGAUACUCAUUUCAAGUGGCUGUUUACUCUUUAUGGAGGGAGAGAAAUAGCAUAAGACAUGGGGAGAAGCCGAAGGCUAUUUCAUUAAUGAAGAAGCUGGUUGAUAAAGAAGUAAAGAACAAGCUCAGCUUACUUAGUAGACAAAGAAGAAGAGGAAUGGAGGGGAGUUUACAAUAUUAG